AUAAUAUCAUCUCAAUUCCAAUUUUGUACUCAAGAUUUAUUCCAAAAUUACUAGUAUCAGAAAAUAUGAUUACCGGUAUUGAAGAACAAACUCAGCACAUCCAAAUAAGCCAGCUCAAGAAGUUUCAGAAGGAAUGGACCAUUCAUGUUAUCAUAUUUCGAAGUGCAGAGGCAACUUACAAAAAUGCAAAAGGAUCAGGGAAAAUACUAAAGCUAAUUCUUGCAGACGCAAAGGGUAACAAAAUACAAGCAGUAAUGUACGGAGAUACUAUCGAAAAGUUUAUAGAUAUGCUUCAAAAAAAUCAAAUUAUUUUCAUUUCAAAUGGAGAAGUGAAAGGAAUAAACCCAGCUUUUCCAAGUAUCCACAAGUCACUUGAAUUAGUACUAACAAAAGACGUAUCGAUCAAAGAAGCACCAACAGGAUUCCACUUGGAGAACAUAUUUAACAACUUUGUCCCAUUUGAAGAAGUAUUUUCCAUGAAAGAUGCAACAAUAAUUAGUAAGUAA